GCGAAUGGUGCAGCACCCACAUGAGUGGCUGACGUGAGAGCGAACUGUGAAGACGAGACACGGCGCUCUUUACACUCGCGACUCCUGGCUUCUUCUUGAGGACCUUUCCAGACUCUGCCAUGGCCUCCCGUGAUGUGGUGAUGUUGUGUGUGACCUGUCUCCUGCGCCUGAGCCUUAACGUCUGGAGCAUCACAGUGACAUCUUACCCAGGGGAAAAUGUGUCACUCACCUGUCCACUCACCUCUUUAGACACCGACAGUUUCAGUAGGACGUGGUACAGGCAGCUCCGUGGCCGGCCUCCAGAGCAAUUGCUGACGACAUAUUGGUACUUCAAGAAAAACUACACCAUCCGGCACAACACCGACGACAAGGAGCACUUCACCUCCAAAAAAAAACACACUUUAAUCAUCAAGAGCGCAAAGAAGGAUGAUACCAGGAAGUAUUACUGCACUAUCAAUGAAAGGGACCAUCACAUCUUCUUCAACGAGGGAAUUGACCUCAUUGUGGCAGAUGAGUACAGCAGUUGGCUUGUUUGGAUGUCUUCUACCUUGGGCACCAUGGUGGUACUGAUGACCUGUGUCACCAUAUACACUGUCUAUAAGCUAAAAUGUAAAGAAGGCUGGCGAUCAGACAAACUUCAGAACCAGAGGGACAUGAGGAGCCGUGUAUUUGACUCUCAGGUUCUGUUUCCCAGUCAGGAGCAGCAAGGUCAUUAUCAGGAACUCUCCCACAUGGACUGUGUGUCCUACGAUGCUCUCCAGGACCACAGAAUAAAAAUAAAAUAAAAACAAACGUCGACAAAAGUGCCCAAUGAUUGGUGAACCAAACAAAAGCAGAUGAGACCUCAAGUCUUCUUUAAUCUCAAAAUGCUCAGGUCGAGGUAUUCUCUUCCAUGGAUGGCCAUUUUGAAUUUCUGACUCGCUUUUGCUUCUGCAUUCUGACUGAUUAGCGUUGCUGUACUCGUUUUUCUCGUAUCCUUGACCUUUUUAGUGUAAGGAAAUGAGUUUCUUUAUCAAGUCUUGUAGCAAUUCUCUAACAUGUGGUGCCAUUAUUGUCAACACUGAACGGGAGGGGAUUUUAUUUGCCAAAUGCCACUCGUUAUUGUUAGUUAUCUGGUGGCUGGCCACCUGUGUGAUGACAGACUCGACUCGUCAGUUGUUGAAUUCAUGAUAAUUAGCAUUUUAUCAAGUGUUAUUCCUUUAUUGGGGUGGACUCAUUUGUGCAAAUCAUUUUGUUAUAAAAUUUUUUGUACUGACAGAUCUCUUUCUCAACCAAU